GGAUCUUAAAAAUAACGUAGAAAUAUUAAAAACAGAGAAAAAAAAAACAAAAUUUGUUUUUAUUUUUAAAUUUUUAAGAGAGAUAAAGGGGGGGCCUCACUAAAGAUUUCGCUCCAACGCCGAAGCUCAGAGCUUUCUCUGAUUUGCAGAGAGAAUCCAAAGGACAACUAGAGAGACAGAACGCGAAGAACAGAAACAGCAAAUACACACGACACAGAGUUUAAAGGGAGAGUUAGAACUGGAGUUAGAGAGAUAGAGAGAGAGGGAGAGGUUGCUAAAUUUUGAAAAUUCCAACCGGCUUCUUUUUCUUCUUAUCCAAUCCGUUGCCUCUGUAUUUUGACCGAGUUUCCUGAGGGACUUGGGGGCUUGGAUGGUUAGAAUUUAGCUGUGGACUUUGUCAUUUUUACCCUGAAAGAGGCUUUGGUUAGUAUUGGGUCUGUGAAUUUGGUGCCUUUCCAUUGAUUGUUUCACGGAGACAUGUUGGAGGGUCGGUCCUGCUUGCUUUCGAGGGUGUUUUCAAGCUCUUGCCAGCCAGAAAGCAAGUGGCCUUACAUGAGUUACCGUCGGCUCGAAGAUUUUGCAAAUGGCAAGCGCCCAUUAGGAUUUGAUGGUGAAGAUGACCAAGAGCGUCGAGAAAGGAAGUUGUGUAAGCUAUUGAAUUGUUGUGAGAUGGUGGAGACGACCCAGUCUUCAUCUGAGCAAUCCGAGGACCAGCAACAAGCUGGGGUUCCUUCGGAUUCAGAUUCCCUUAUACAUCGGAUUGGUCGGGACAACUCGAUCAGCUGCCUGAUUCGGUGCUCCAGGUCCGCUUAUGGACUGAUUGCCUGUUUGAACAAGAGCUUCCGCUCAUUAGUUAGGACCGGGGAGCUCUAUAAACUGAGGAGGCAGAAUGAUGUGAUUGAGCACUGGAUUUAUUUUUCUUGCCACCUACUUGAAUGGGAAGCCUUUGAUCCCAAUCAACGCCGGUGGAUGCACUUGCCGAGAAUGACGUCCAAUGAAUGUUUCAUGUGUUCAGAUAAGGAGUCUUUGGCUGUGGGAACUGAGCUUCUUGUAUUUGGUAAGGAGGUGACUUCCCAUGUAAUCUUUAGGUAUAGUGUUUUGACAAACUCUUGGUCUUCUGGAAUGAGGAUGAAUGCCCCAAGAUGCUUGUUUGGGUCUGCUAGCCUUAAGGAGAUCGCAAUUUUGGCAGGUGGUUGUAACUCACUGGGAAGCAUACUUAGCUCCGCAGAGCUAUAUAAUUCCGAGACCCAGACUUGGGAGACACUCCCGAGCAUGAAUAAACCCCGGAAGAUGUGUUCUGGGGUUUUUAUGGAUGAAAAGUUUUAUGUUAUUGGUGGGAUUGGGGGAAGUGAUUCAAAGGUUCUUACAUGUGGGGAAGAAUAUGACUUAAAGGCGAGAACAUGGACAGAAAUACCUAACAUGUCUCCCGGACGUACUGGUGCAGCCGGAGAGCCUGAUAUGCCUGCAACAGGUGAGGCACCACCUCUGGUUGCAGUGGUAAAUAAUGAAUUGUAUGCGGCUGACUAUGCUGACAUGGAGGUGAGGAAAUAUGACAAAGAGAGAAGAUUGUGGCUGACAGUAGGGAGAUUGCCUGAGCGGGCAGUCUCAAUGAAUGGUUGGGGUCUUGCAUUCAGGGCUUGCGGAGACCGGCUUAUAGUUAUUGGCGGGCCUAGGGCUCUAGGUGAAGGUUUCAUCGAGAUCAAUGCAUGGGUUCCCAGUGAAGGUCCUCCACAGUGGAACUUACUUGCGCGAAAGCAAUCAGGUGUUUACGAAUUGGAAGGCAAAGAAAGCCGUUGUCGAAAGAUGUGAUGAUGUAUGCAACAUUUCCUGUUAUUGGCAAAACCAAAUUACUCCAUUGGGAAGUUAGAAUGUCUCAAGUCAGCUAAUUGUGGCCAUUAUGGAUUCCGAGAAGCUGGAGGAGGAGGCUACAUAGGAGUUCCUUGUAUAAAAUUUUAGUCGUGAUAAGACUAAAUUUUAAGAAUCAGUUAUUUUUCUUGUGUGUUAGUGUUACUGUUGCUUCUAAAUAUAGUUGUCUAUAUAUCUUGUUCGAUGCUCUUCUCAAAGAACAAAGAGUUAUGGUCUGCGGCUCUAAAACCAGACGUGGAAUUAUACAAACAAACAAGUUGCUAUGAUUUCAUUUUC